AUGAUUGACAUUUCUGAGACAGAUACAGAAUAUUGCCAGAUAAACCCUUUAUCUAACGAUUCGCCAGUUUUAAUGAUUCACGUGGGAGUUGCAGAAAAACUUAGCGAGUAUGCAUGUAACAAGGACGGAGCAAUGAAUGACUUUCAUACCAGAGCUAAGGUAUUAAAGGGUCAUCUCCUAUCGAAGUUUAUUGAGCAGUUAGAGGAGAAAUCAACUUGCCCAUUCCAUUGUAUGUCCUGGUUGUUAGAGGAAAAUGGAGCGUGUGAAUACCGAUCUGAUUGUAGUAUUUGUAUCGAACGGUUCCAACUUUUUGACGAUUUACAAGCCAUAGUUGCAAGCACUGAUCUUUCCUACGAACGGAAAACGUACUACGCUAAAACGCUGAACAAAAUUGAGGAAAAUGUAUACUCGUAUAUCGGCCACUUAGUUCGCGGAAAAUACCAACGUUCAAAGUUCAUGAAGGAAAUUGAACAACUCCGACCCGGAGAAACCAUUGCUGUCUGUGAUUACAUGAUGAAGUUAUUACUUCAGAAAUUUAGAGAACCACAGCGUGAUUGGUAUGCGAAGAAAGGAGUGUCCGUGCAUGGAACAAUGUUUUUUUAUAAGUCGUCAGACUCGAAAGAAAUCGAAGUUGAGAUUUAUGACGUCUUCUCGAACGGCGAUUGUGUGCAAAACCACAAGUGCUUUCGAAGCAACCUUCCAAAAUUUCGCUGCAAGACAUGA